UCCGCAGGUACGAACGAAAUCGAAUAUUCUCCCACCGCUGAUUCAAAAUCCACCAUCGCCACUCCACACUCUACGAAUCUCUCCUGACAAAACAACUACACUUCACUAGAAACACUCAAUUUCAAACAAAACAAUGUCAUUUCUUCAAGCAACCCGUUCGUCGUGGCGGAUGACCGCCUCCGCCGCCACAGAACUGCUACUCCAGUCCUCCUCCUCCGCCGCGCGGACGCUCACCCGUCGCUCGCCUGCCGCUUUCGCUUCUUUGUCCCGCGGCUUUGUGUCGGUUCCGCCGACGACGUUGUCGUCGGCGGUUGGGAGGGGAAAUGCUGCGGGGUACGGAUUUGAUAAGCUGAGGACUGGCUCGUCUGUGUUUAAGAGAUUUGAGUCGAGUGAGUCUGGGAUUCAACCGCCUGUUCAGUACGAGUACAAGGCUAUCAAGGAGUUAUCAGAAAACCCCCACCCCGACAAAAUCCUAGUCGACGUGCGCGAACCCAUCGAAGUCCACCGCGAAGGCUUCAUCCCGACCGCGAUCAACAUCCCGUACAAGUCCGCGCCCGAGGCGCUCUCGCUCUCGGACGACGAGUUCGAGUACCGGUUCGGGUUCGAGAAGCCGUCGAAGGAUAAGGAGCUGGUGUUUUACUGCCUCGGGGGCGUGCGCUGCGACUAUGCGCAGCAGAUCGCGGGGGAGUUUGGGUAUCAGAAGAGGGGGAAUUAUGCGGGGUCUUGGGAGGAUUGGGUUGCUAAUGAGAAGAAGGAGAGGAUUUAGGUGGUGGACGCUGCAUAUACGGAGUGUAUCAUAAAUAACA